AUGGAAGAUGAUGACUUCGGAGAUCUCUACACGGACGUGCUAACGACGACGUUUCAAGCCUCCCAGCCACAAAUUGAUGCGUCGGCAGCCGGAAUCAAUUCGACGUCGUUUCAGGGUCGCUCGAUUGAUCCGAGGGUCAAUAGUGAUGAUGAAGAGAUUCUGUACGGAGCUCAGAAUUCUAAGAAUUUGAAUUCCCAAUCUUCCGAUGGUUCGAAUUUGAAUGGCGUAAUUGUAGAAAAAGCCCUACCCAAACCGAGAGGACUCGAUUUGAAUUUGGGUUCGAAUCAAGGGAAAAAGGGGAUUCCAGUUUUACUUGGGAACGAGGGUGGCGAGUUGAAGUUUGAAACUAGGGUUUCGGAUACUUCCGCCGGCUCGAAUUUUGCCGUGGUGGAGGAUGAUAUUAAUAUCGUAGUGGAAGAGGGGGACAACAAAGAUGAUAACUUGGUCGAGAAAGAUGAGAACUUGAUGAGCAGAAAUACCAAUAAUUCAGUGGACGAGAAGAAAGAGAGUGUUAAUUUCGCCAGAGAAAGUGGAGUUGGAGAAAUUGGCUCGGAGUUGUUGAUCCCGGGAUUAUCAGGUGGGCCGGAGAAUCGUGGGGGAGAAGAUUUUGAGGACGAGUGGGAGAGUGAAGAAAGUGAAGACGACUUGCAGAUAGUGUUGAAUGGGCCAAUGGGGAUGGAAAGAAUGGCGGGAAUGGAUGACAAUGACGACGAAGAUGGGGAGCCACUGGUGAUUGUUGGGGAUAAUGGUGACACAGGCCACAACCACUCUCAGAUGACAGAGGAGCAAGUGUGGGAUGGUGAGGAUGUGGGGCCUGGGGCAGAGGGACAGAGGAAGGAGUUGGGUGAGGCAGCCAAGGCAAGUGGAGGAGGUGCGGUGGCUUCAACAGUCGCACCGCCUAAGAUUGGGAUCAGCAAUCAUGCUUACCAUCUUCCCUUCCAUUCACAAUUCAAGUACGUGAGACCUGGUGCAGCACCUAUGCCUGGAGCAGUUCCCAUGGGAUCUGGUGGAACCCCAGGUCAAGUUCGUCCAACUGUCCCCAUGGCCCCUAUUGUUGGACGUGGUAGAGGUGAUUGGCGACCAUCAGGUAUAACAGCUGCUGUCCCCAUGCAGAAAGGGUUUCGUCCAGGUUAUGGAAUGCCCGUUUGGGGAGCUAAUGCAGCAGGGCGUGGUUUCGGAAGCGGAUUGGAUUUUACUCUACCAUCACACAAGACCAUAUUUGAAGUUGAUAUCAAUAGCUUUGAGGAAAGACCGUGGAGACUUCCAGGCAUUGAUGUCUCAGACUUUUUCAACUUUGGUUUAAAUGAGGACACUUGGAAAGAUUACUGCAAACAGCUGGAACAACUCCGCCUUGAGACAACUAUGCAAAACAAGAUUCAUGUCUAUGAAAGUGGGAAAACAGUACAGGAGUAUGAUCCUGAUCUUCCCCCCGAGCUUGCAGCAGCAGUCGGCAUCCAAGAUAUUCCAUCUGAAAAUGUAAAUCUCGGAACAGAUGCUGGUGGAAAUGACUUAGCAAGAGCAUCAGCACUUGGACGGCCCCCUCUUCCCGUUGGCAGACCAAUACCGGUUGAAACUGGUGCUGGUGACCGUCUCCCAUCCAUUGACACCAGGCGUCCGCGAAUGCAUGAUUCAGAUGCAAUAAUCGAGAUUGCGUGUCAGGCAGAUGAUGAUGACAUGGCUGAGCAUCAACAAAACGAACCGUCGAGAAAGGAUCUCAGAAGGGAUGAUGAGAUUGAUGACCUUCUGCAGGAGGAUACAGAAAAUUAUGAUGGCUUUUCACAUGCGUGUGAUGACCGUAAGAAGGAACUGGUUAGAAGAAGUGCACAGUUCAAAAAAACUGUUCUUGAUGAUGAGAUUGUAGGCGAUGAUACUUUGGAUUUCCCUCCAGAAGCACCUGAGAAAUACCAUCCUGGUCUGGAGUUUAGUGUCCAUGAGGAGAGGCUGACAAAAGGAAGAGCACGUUUUGGGUCCCCCAGAAUGGCUUCUUUUGAAUAUGAAAAAGAAGAGCAACAUGGUGAUAAUGAGAAGGAAGAAUCAUUUGAAAGUGGGGAUGAUAAUCACAGUCAUAUGUCAUCUCCCGUCACCAUUGGGUCUGCAGGGGAGCAAGUUGUGAGCAAUAGGGGUAAUACUGACAAUGAUUUGGAAGCAGAUGAGAGAACCUUUGAAAUGGAAAGAGAGGAAAUAGCUUUGGAUGCAACCACUAGAAACGAUGCACCUGAAGAGGAGAAUUCAAUGUAUUGUACAAAGAAACAAGCGCAAAGCUCACGAGGGGAAGAACCUUCUGAAGAAAAUGAUGGUGAAGACUCAAAGGCUCCAAGUGGUAGUGAAAACAGCAAACAAAGAUCAGAAAGUAGUAAAGAUUAUCGAAAGUUCCACGACAGUGUCGAGGACAAAGUCAAUUGCUCUAUGCACACUGAUAACAUCAGGAGACCAAUGGGAUAUGAGGAUACUGAUAAUAGGAAAGGUCAUCGUGAAAGACAAGAAACGAGAAGACACCGCAUGGCAGUGAAAGGGGUAGAAGAUUCCUAUGCACAUAGAGGUGUGGAUCCUAACUCUGCUGUUCAUAUGCAUGUGAAAAGUGAGAGUACAGACUGGAGAAAGGAGAGUGAUGUUUCUGAAGGAGGCUGGCAUCGGAAAGAUGAGGAUAUAUAUGGGAGAAGGAUGAGAAUCAAUGACCCGAGAAACAGGGAGCAUGGUGGAGAAAUUGGGUCCAGGCAUUGGAGCAAGGUUAGAGAAAGUGAGGGGGGCGAAAAAGAUGAAUAUCAACAGCCAAAAAAUCAGUUGGACAAUAGCAGCUGGAGGGGAGCUAAUCAUGAUAAAGAUUUGGGAUCAAAACAUGGAGAUAGGGUUGAUAAUUUCAAGAGAUGGAAUGAAAAGGUGGAUGAUCUUCACAGCAAAAGAAGCAAGGAAGAGGUACCUAUAAGUAGGGAGUACACUGAAAAUGAAGGAAUCUCGCAUAAUCACCGAGAAAGCGGCAGCCGGAGGAAGAAAGAAAGAGAUGAGGGCUUGGAUCAGCGAAAAAGAGAUGACCAAGCCAGGUUGAAGAAUGAUGAUCUACAUUAUGUUAGGUUAAAAGAAGAGGGAUCAUUUCAGAGGAAGAGGAAUGAGGGGCAGAGAGAACGUGAUGAAUGGCAUCGGCUUAAACAGUCCCAUGAAGAAAUUUUAUCAAUGCGAGAAAGAGAAGAAACACGGGCAGGAAUGAGAAGUGGGCGAGGUGCUGAAGACAAAACAUGGACAAGUCAUUCUAGAGGGAAAGAUGAAUAUAAGGGAUCUGGUAGAGAGCAUUACUCUAAGGAUAUCGGGUGGCAGAGCGAGCAACUUAAGAGAAGAAGUCGAGCUGAAAAUGAUAGUCUCUCACAGCAUAGGGGCUACGAAGACAUUUAUGCACGCGUGAAUCAACUCAGUAAUAACGAAAAAAGAGCAAAACGUGAAAGGCCUACCACUCGUGAAGAGCGCAUUGCCUUUGCUUCUGACACUUCUAGGCUGCAUGAAAAUAAACACAAAGAGAGCAAUAGAAAGAGUAAAGAAUCUGAGAGCGGAGAUCAUAACUUCUUGAUCCCUUCUAAGAGGAAUCAAGAUGAGCACAGUGGACAGAGAAGUGAGAUGGUGAAAUCGAGAAACAGAACUGGUCAAGAAAGCAGUGAGAAUGAAAUCCAUGUGAAUGGUCGUUCUUCCAGAAAGCAAAAGGAAGAGGUCUCAUCAGACGAGGAGCAGCCUAACUCAAGGAAGGGACGCUCUAAAUUGGAACGUUGGACGAGCCACAAGGAAAAGGAUUUCAGUAUGACUUCCAAAUCAUCUUCUUCGAAGAGUAAAGAUAUGGGCACUUACACAGCCAGUGGCGCUUCCUUGGUCAGCAAACUUCCCGAUGGACCUUCAAAACGGGUGGAAGGUCAGACUCAGCCUUUGGCUAAAGAGAGAGACACUGGAGGUGCAGAAGUCAAUGAUGCUGAUACAAAACCAAUGGAUGACAGACACUUGGAUACAGUGGCGAAGUUGAAGAAGCGAAGUGAGCGUUUCAAGCUUCCCAUGCCAAGUGAAAAGGAUGCCAUGGUGAUAAAGAAAAUGGAAAGUGAACCUUUACCUUCAGGGCAAAUUGAAACCCAGCCAGAUUCAGAGAUCAAACCAGAGCGUCCAGCACGAAAAAGGAGGUGGACUGGAAAUUUGAAGUGA